GCCCUGCUCGGCGCCUAUCUGGAGCGCCACAGUCCGCCCGCCGCCUCGGAGCUGCCGGCGCCGGGCGGGGCCUUGGCAGGCGGCCCCGCGAGCGGCGCCAGCGUGGUGGUCGGCGUGGCCGAGGUGAGAAACUGGCGCUGCUGCUGCCUCGGCAGCACCUGUUGGUGCCGGAGCCUCGUGCUGGUCUGCGUGCUGGCCGCCCUGUGCUUCGCUUCGCUGGCCCUGGUCCGCCGCUACCUGCAGCACCUCCUGCUCUGGGUGGAGAAUCUCGACUCGCUACUGGGGGUCCUGCUGUUCGUCGUGGGCUUCAUCGUGGUUUCAUUCCCCUGCGGCUGGGGCUACAUCGUGCUCAAUGUGGCAGCCGGCUAUCUGUACGGCUUCGUACUGGGGAUGGGAUUGAUGGUGGUGGGCGUCCUCAUCGGCACCUUCAUCGCUCAUGUGGUCUGCAAGCGGCUGCUCACCGCUUGGGUGGCCGCCAGGAUUCAGAGCAACGAGAAGCUGAGCGCUGUUAUUCGCGUCGUGGAAGGAGGAAGCGGCCUAAAAGUGGUGGCGUUGGCCAGAUUGACCCCCAUACCUUUUGGGCUCCAGAAUGCAGUGUUUUCGAUUAUUAUAAGUAUAGGCCUCAUGUUUUAUGUAGUUCAUCGAGCUCAAGUGGAAUUGAAUGCAGCUAUUGUAGCUUGUGAAAUGGAACUGAAAACCUCUCUGGUUAAAGGCAAUCAACCAAAUACCAGUGGCUCUUCAUUCUACAACAAGAGGACCCUAACAUUUUCUGGAGGUGGCAUCAAUAUCGUAUGAUUCUAAUGAAACAUAUGGUUUUCAAGAGCCUAGCAUGCUAUCCCAGGUCUAGCAAUCACUUGACUGGUGGGCAGAGAGACGAGUUCUAAUUGUAUUACGGCACAGACAAAACUGACCAAUUUUUAAAUUGCACAAUUUUUUUAAAGCAAGAGUCAUUUUCUGGAUAUGAAAAUGUAGAUGUAGAUGCAAUUUUGGCUGCACCUCUUUAUCAUUUAUCAUGCCUGUAAUGGCCUAUAGGUCUGCACUUUAGUGUUUUUUAAUUGUUUUAUUUCUGGGUACUUAUGAACAGAGAAAUAACCCAAAUAUUUUUCUGCUUAGUGUCUUUAUUUAUAAAGUCCAUUAAUAGUUUUAUGCAUCUUUCCUACUUAUUAAGAGGAGUGAAAGUAUGCAGUUUUAAGUACAUGCUGUUAUUGGAUGUUCCUUUGGUAGUCUUUCUGGACAGGUAAACAAUAGUUCUUGUUUCGUUUUAUUGUUUUAAUUGGGACCACUUUGCUUCCCUUUUCCUUCCUAGUUAGAAAACGCAUUAACUUUUGGUUGAAUGUAUUUUUGCAAGUCAUCAAUGUUGUUGCAGGGCCAUUUAUGCAUAUUCACAUGCUUAUAUCCUACAUUGUGGGACUGAAGUGCUCUUACGAUGCCUUUUUAUUUUCACUGUGUAAUAUGCAAAGCAAAAGGGAAAUUAUUUAAUGGGUGGUAGCUCAAAUUAGAGCUCACGUUCUAAUUCUGUUAUUUUGGCUUUACUCUCGUUAGGUCUUUCAUCAAAGGGCUGUCCCAUUGUAAUCUUACAAAAAAACAUUUUAUUAAAAUGAACUUUUCUUCCUUUUUAUAUUCAUAAUUAGGCUUUGGAAUAAAGAUAUUAGUCCUUUAAAAUGGUGGACUUAUUAUCAUUGAAGGUGUCACUCAGGUGGCUUUGUUUGAUCAAAACACUUUUUUAAAAAAUCAAGCUUUAAAAUCAUGUUUAUAAUUCCAUUGAAGUACAUAUGUAUUUGUCCCCAUAGUCUUCAGCUUUAACGCUAUAAAUAUGUUAACUUAAUACCCAAGUUUGUGUUAUUUGCCCUACUACCGAGUAGGUUUAUUUUGUUUUUCAAUAUUUGUUUUUCUCUGAUAAGACUCAGGAAUUCUGAAAUGUGAAAUUAAGUGUCUCAAUUCUUUGACUCUUGGAGCAUGAAUUGAGUGUAUUUAUUAAUAGCACUUAUAAGUACAUAAGUACAGAAUACAAUAAUUUGGCAUAUGAUUCAUAUAUAUAUUUACUUAUCACCUUAUAUUUUUAAAAUAGUUUAAUUGUGAACUU